GAGGAAUCCAUUUAAAGAAAUUUAAGAUGGAUCCAUUGGGUUGCACUCGCAAUUGACCUUCUUGUAACAGAAACACAUUGUCAGGCAUUGAAGUGAACAGAACAGUCAAGUCUCAGCACGAUGACAUCCAAAUGUUCCUAUGUUUGCCAGCUGAUUAGAGGCAUCGAUCGAAACUGAAAGCGUUCUGUUCGUAUUUUGUAUUUAUCACUUCCGUUUGAUUCGGAAAUAAUUCAUCAGCUCCCUCCCUUUAUGGGACUCACAUGAUGCAGGAAUGAAUGAACAAAGAGCGAGGGAAAUUUCGGCCGGGGAACGCGUGAAAGGGAAAUUCUGUUUUCCCUGAGAAGGGAGUGAACGCCGGCGACCGGCUCCGAGCUAGAUUUGGCCAGCAGUCACAAUGUGACAGUGGUGCAGAGUAGUAGCCACCUCCCGCCAUGGGGAAUGGCAUGAACAAGUGAAACAUUCACCCACAUCUACUCACCGACAACACAGUUGAACUUUCGUUCGCAAUGAAAUUGAGCGCUAUCAAAGUUAUGAGGAAGGAAUUUAAAUACUGGUCUCCGUCAUUGGUGCUUCCCGGGCUCUACGUGGGAAACUACCGAGACUCGAAAGAUGCCAGCCAGCUGGACAGACACAAUAUUACGCACAUUGUUGCCAUUCACGACGCUGCCAGAAAACUUCAUUCGGAUAAACACUAUUUGUGUGUGAUGGCGUCAGAUACUCCCGAUCAAAACUUGACGCAAUACUUUCCUCUGUGCAACGACUUUAUUCAUGCCGCCCGUCUAAGAGGAGGAAACGUCCUUAUACACUGUUUGGCGGGAAUGUCGCGUAGCGUAACAGUGGCGGUGGCGUACAUAAUGAGCGUGACGUCACUCAACUGGAAGGAGGCGCUGAAAGUGGUACGCGUGGGACGAAGUGUUGCCAACCCCAACUUCGGAUUCCAACGCCAACUACAGGAAUUCGAAGUCAGUCGGCUCAUGGAGGAGCGUAGAAGACUGAAGGAGAGGUUUCCGUCGCUGGCUUUGCUGGCCAAUGAUGAGGAGCAAUGCCAGGUGCUGCUGAGCUCCUAUCAGGGCCUCCUCCUCUCCAAGGACAUCUGUGAGGGCAAGUGUGCUAUGGGGGAGGUCUGUCCGGCCGGCCUCUGUCGAUCGCCCAGCAAACGCGUUUCGAGAAGGAAAUCGUCAUCAACGCCGCCUCAAUCACCACGACUGUUGCCUCCGACACCAGGCACCGGGGGCGGUAGCCAAUCGAGAUCCACCACCAACCUGUCGUCUCUGGAAGGCGGCGGACUUGGAGGCAGCGGAGGCCGUAGAGCGCGCAGCGGCCCAGCGGGUCUGGGCUCGAUGGCGGGGGGCGGUUCUCUGCCGCCUUCGCGGUCUGCGUCACGACACGACAUCGACACGAUCGGGAUGCAGCUGCGACAGUCGACAAUCGACACGAUUCGGACGACAGCACGACACGACAUCGACUCGAUCCGGUCGACAGCGCGGCACGACAUGGACUGUAUUCAGCCGGGACCGAGUCCCAGUUCGCGCGGCCAUUUGCAUCGCGUCAUCUCGGCCCCGCCCUCUCCCCUCGCCUCGCCCCACCAUUGGCCCCGCCGCAUACCCGAGUCCUGAACUCUGUGCGCUCAUCAUAAAACGGUGCUCAAAUACUAUCAAGUAACUGUUCAAAAUUCAGUUGUAACUUUCUACCUUUCACUCAUUUUACACGGGUUUCAUCAAGAAAACUGUGCUCAAAACUCUUUUCAGACACUGUUCAAAAUUCAGUUGUAACAUUUCACUUUUCACUGAUGCCGGGUUUCAUCAUGAAAACUGUGCUCAAAUAUAUCAUUUGUCACUGUUCUAAAUUAAAUGUUGGUUUGAAAUCUAUCUUUUUAUGAUGCCGGGUUUUUCAUCGAGAAAACUGUGCUCAAAUAUAUUCUGUCCCUGUUCAAAAUUCAGAUGUAGGUUUAAAAUCUAUCUAUCAAUGAUGCCGUGUUUCAUCGAGAAAACUGUGGUCUGUUAAGUAACUGUUCAAUAUUCUGUUGUAACCUUUUACCUUUCACUGAUUUUCCACUUUUUUCAUCGAGAAAGCUGCUCUCAAAUAUAUUGUGUGACACUGUUCGAAAUUCAGAUGUUGGUUUGAAAUCUAUCUUUUACUUUUCACCCACGUGUUUCACCUGUGUGACACUUUUGAAAAUUUAGUUUUUGUUCCAUAAAGAGGCGUUUACAUUAGGCAGGUUUACUUGAAUUCAAGUUCUGUAUAAAAUGAAUUUAUUUUGCAAAAUUGCAGUUGUUUUAUAGAAAUAUUCUGUAUAAUUAUGAAAAUAUUUUCAGAACUUAUUUCAUGAAUGAAGGUUAUAAUCACUUUGAAACAAAGUUUAUAAUCAUAAUAUUAUCUUGCAAAGAAUUUAUAAUAUAUCUUGCAGGUGAGUCAAAUUUGUUAAUAAGGUGAAUAAUUUAUUUACUCAUUUCUCUACGGAUUCAAGUGAUGAAUAUCUCAAAAAUAAAAAAAUAACAGAAGAACUGCCGAGGCAGAUGUUUUGACUUGAUAACAUAACUCGUUACUCUUUUGUCGAUGCUUCAUCUCAAAUACCACAAAUUUGAUAAUCCAAUGCAUCAUUUUCAAACAGGAAUACCACAACUGAAUUUUGAACAUGAAUAUAAGUGAAAAUUUACUAUCACAAAUACGUGUAUAAGACAGUGGCUGUAGUUUCUUCUUCCUUAAGUGUGCGUCGACAAUUAUUAUCACAAGUUGUAGAAUAAUUCGUCAGCCUCUGUCUUAUCGUCAUUUAUAUAGCUUAAUAGUCCAUAAUCAUAAGUCAUUGUUGAGAAACAAUCCUUAGAAGCAAUAACUAACUGGUAUGUUGGUAGGUGAUUGAUGAAAUAACAUACAGCCCAUUUUCGAGUGAUUUAUGCUGGGUUGUAAACCUGUUUUGCUAAUAGGAAGCGUAAUAAAUUCCUGCUUAUGAGAUAGUAAAGACUGUGGUUACAUAAUAGAAUGUAAUAAUAAUAAAUUGUCAAUUUCUCGUUUAUCAGUUCUAUUGUUUUUUUUUUUUUAAUCUCAAAUUUUGAUUAAUUUUUGUGUGGACUAAUAAAAAUAAAAAAGGUGAAUUUGAUUGACACUGGAUUGCAAAAUAAAUUGAAAAUUCAAUGAAAAUAGUUAGAAAUUGUUGAAAAAAUUGCAAUGGAGAUGGAAUUGCUCUACUUAAUAAUUGUGCUGUAGGAAAAUAAUACAAUCCAUUUUCAAUAUAAUAUACUUGAUACUCAAUACAAUAUUACUUUCUCAAAUUACGACAACUUAUUACUUUCAACAAAUUACUUUCUUAUACUCAAAUUACGACAUAGCUUUCUGAUUUUUAUUAUACUAUUGUGUGUGCUGCAAAAGGACAUGGCUUCACAAAUGUGAGUAGAAGCUAAUCGCUUUUAAUAAUAGAAAACGGACUGCUAUGUCGUAAUUUAAGAAUUGAAUUAAAAAAAUUAAUUGAAUUAAUUGAUCAUUAACAAUCAGUUCGUGAUUGAAAGUGAUAUUGAAGAGUAUUAGUACAAUAUACUAAUGAAUUGCAAAUUUGUCAAGUUGAAUCUUAUGUAGGCCUUUGAAUUGAUUGAAUUCAUACUUACAGGCCAAUAAAUUUUGAAAAAGAAUAGAAUAAAACCUCUGUUCACAAACAAAAAAUAAGGUUUGAGUUAGGGUUUCACAAUUUCAAUAAAUAAAAUUGUAUGAGAUAUUUUACAUUCCCCCCUCUUAACAGCACAGUAAGUAAUGUCAACUAUAAUUACUAAAUAAAAAUUAAUUGGAAUUAUGAUAUGGUAAUUCAUGAUUCGUGAAUUAAAUAACCAUGGAUGAGGUUUUUCGAAUUCAUGGGAAACUGAUAAUUUUUGCCGAAGUGCUUUAGAGCUAAGAAAAGGUUUGUUGAUGGCCGUUAUUGGCACAGAUAACCUGAUAUUUAUUGUGUGGGAAUUAUUGAAAAUGAUUAGUGACAAUAAUAUAAUGAUUAUUCUAUUGCCUAGAAUGAGGGAAACUGAGUGUACUGUCCUUGAAACAGCUUAAAUGCCGGUGGCACAACAGCCAGCUAAAUUUUAAUAAUGAUUAAUUUCAUGAGAACCAAUUUAAAUCCUUCUUUUCGAUGAAGCCUUCUCUGAUUGGUCCUCGUGGAAUUAAUCACGAUUAAAACUUAACCGGGUUCUGUGCAACUGGGCCUAGAAGAAAUAAGUUAUCCAGGCUGCUGGGAAAUUCACUGUGAUAAGGUUGACGAAUGUUGAAGUGUUGUUGAGUACUGUAAAAAAUAGAGAAGGAAGGAAGUAAGUGUUGAGUGAAACGUUGGAGAAGAUAAGAGAUGUUUUACAAAUGUUUGCAGUUACAGUAUUUUUUGAUUGGCAAUAAACUAUUUUUAUAAAUAACACCAAACUGUUCUCUUUUUGUAGUUGGUUGACGCGCCGCAGUCUUUAUAGGCUUAUUGAUACCGUUAGUGCAGUUUAGCGUUAUUGGAAUACUGGAAAACCUUGAUGUUGUAUGUUCCCUAUUGGAAUAAUUUAGAAGAUGUAAUCGAAUUGUGAGUGGUAAUGUUAUUGUUAAAUUGUUGUUGUAAGAGUUGUAUUUUUAUAACGUUGAUUAUCAGAAGAAAACUGUUGGAUCAACUGUAUCUUUACUCCAAAAUAUUAACAACUUCUGAAAUUUCAUUGCUUGUUUUGCUGCUAGUCAUAAUUUUAAACCUCCAAUUAGUUUUAGUUGAGUACAUUGAGUUUAUAAAAAUUACGUGUGAAUCCUCGAAUAGAGACUAGUCUAGUCGAUUAUUUGUCAUUCUGUUUUGAUAGGGAUAUCAAAUUAACAACAGACAAAUAAUUGGCAAUCUUUAUUCUAUACUCUAGGAUUUCCAGAUAAUAAUGUGAUCUUGAAACGUGAUUUUUUACAACUAUUUUCAAAAUAUUCUGUGCUUUUAUAAUCUAAUCUUUAAAUGUUUUGUACCUAUCUAAUUAUAUUAUAAUUCUAUAUUAGAGGAUACUUUUAUUACAUUGCUUUUAGAUUUUAUUUCAAAUACUCAAUCAUUUAACAUCAUUUCACAUAUCACAGCAUUGCUAGAGCUACAUGGUGAUCGAACUUGCGUGAUAUAAAAUAUCUUAUUAAUUUUGUAAUGAAUAUUAUCAAUAAUUUUCUAAAGUAGCAGCUUAUUGAAAUAACUCUAUUAAGGGAACGCGACAGUUCAACUAUCAUAAUUGUCAUUUGAAGUCAUAUUAUCUAGAUUAGGCGCAAUUACU